AUGCUAGAGUUGACAUUUGAUCCCCAGCUAUCGGCCCAGCUCCACAAUAAGAUUCUGCAUCAUGCAUGGGUCGGCGCUGGACGCGAUCCAGCAUUAAUGCCAUCCACAACGUGGUGGGAAGAAUCGUCUCCAGUCCCAUUCGAUAUUGCUUCGAGACUGAACCCAAAUCUCAUUUGCUUCCUCCGCCUUGCUAAAAUGACGACUCCGGAUCCGAAAAUUUCCCUUUUCUGUUUCUUGAAGUCGUUACAAGUCAGCCACCAGCUGCAUUCCCUCUUGCCCGGAACACCUCGGGCUGAUAGAUUCAUCUAUCUCUACCGUGCAACGGGGGCGUAUGAUGAGGAGGAUGUUGGUAUAGUGUCAGUACUCGUUCUCAGUCUUAGUCAGUACGACGCAUUUACUGACUCGGACGCUAGGUUCGAUCAAAAAACAGAACUAGCAGCUUACGUUGCCCACCAAUAUGAUAUAUAUCACAUGUUUAAUCAACCUUGGGCAUGGAAACCCCUGCAGGAUAUUCUUCAGGCAUAUCUCGAGAUGAUCGAGGAAGAAAAAGUGCAAGCGUCCACAGACGAGGCGGACGAAGAAGAUAUCACACCUCGAUUCUUUCCAUGGCGGUAUCAUCAAUAUACUCACCGAGAUGUUAUAAAAGCAACCCAGGCGUUGACUCGGCUGCUUGAUGCAAUUGAGCAGCGACUUGCUCAACCAAGAGCGACAGAAUAUCUAGCAUCCACAAGAGCUCUAGAUAUCCAGCUACCAUACUCACAUGCUAUCCUUGAUGAAGCUACAAUCCCAGCUAGUACUUUUAUCCGCAUUUUCCUCUCGGAGAUACCUCCUCGGACUUUGCGAUUCCGUUACAUCGCUCCGGGAAUCAAAUUACAGUCAUCCGCGGAGUUCAUAACUCAGCCGUGGAAACAGCCACCUGGUCACGGAUACGGUCACAGUGUACCGUGCCUUUUAUUUCGAGGAGAUCAAUCGAUCUCUUUGAGCUACAAGCCGGUAUACUAUCCGGAUCCAGAGGAUAGUCUUCAGGGAGUGCCUAUAGGCUUAUAUAUUUCUCCAACUGGCGUUGGGUCACCUACUACCUUCGGAAAUUCCUGUAGACUGCUUCUGCCCUUCAACAUUGGCGCUCGUCAUUACGCGCGGUAUAGCAACGGCGAGCAGCUACAUGAAGAUAAUCCAUGGGACAAGACUCCGAAAGACACCGCGCAUGAGCUUUACCAACCGGGUUCACACAGUGGCUUUUUAGAGAGGCAUGAAGUACAACUUCAUAAAGUCCUUCUGAACUGGGCGGAGAGAGUGGAGGCGGGUGAUUGGGAAGUAAACGCAGACGGAGUCGCUGGUGGGAUUGACAAAUUCGAAGAAGCUGAUACUCUGGAAUCUUGGAGGAAGUAUCAAAUUCCGCUGGCUUGGUGA